AUGAUAGAUAGGGGGCCUGUCAUUAGCGCGUUGAAGUCUCUGCACAUUUUAGCCAUUUGCGCAUUGAGCACAUUUUCUUUUUUUCUCUUCUUGACAGGGUGGAGCGACAAUGUUUGCUGAAUGGAUAAAGAAGUACGGGAAUAUUGUCGGAUUCUACAACGGUGCCAUUCCUUUCCUCCUGGUCAAUGACCUGGAGUUGCUGAAGAGAAUAGAAAUCGAAGAUUUUCACAAUUUCACCGAACGAGGGAAUCUCAUCGACGUCGAGGCCGUGCCUGACAUUCGGCAGAGGAUGAUCAUCACUGCUCCGGUGAACCGCUGGCGCGAGAUGCGUGCUGUGCUCAGUCCCGCCUUCACCGCCAAGAAACUGUCGCAGAUCUUCGUCAUUAUGGACGAAUGCAGCGACACCAUGAUCGAACUGCUCCACCAGAAGGCGGCGGCGGGCGAGGCCGUGGAGGUGUCGAAGGUCUUCAGGCGCGCCACCAUGGACACCAUGUUCAAGGCGGGCUACGGCGUCGACCUCAAUGUCCAGCGGAGCACUCCUGGAGGACCCCUGGAUCAGAUGGGCGACGGUGCUGGGGCGAUGAUGCGGAGAGUGCCCAUGCGAGGAGUCAGUUUUUUCUCCAACUGCUUCCCGGAGCUGCGCCACCUCUGGUUACUUCUCUCGUACGUGACGUCACGGCUGGUGGUACCUUACUUCACUCUGACCACGAAGCUCAUCCAGCCGGUUAUGUCCGAGAGGCGGGCGAAGGCGCUGCGUGAGAAAGCUGAUGUUCUGCAGCUUCUUUUGAACAAGGAAAGCACGGGCGAGCUGUUCAAGAAUGACGCACACGGAUUCGACGGGAAAACGAAGCUGGCGUUAACGAGAGAAGAAGUGAUCGCGAAUUCUGCAUUUUAUUUGAUUGCCGGCCUAGAAGCGGCGCCAAACACGAUGGGCCUCACUCUGCACCUUCUCGCGUUGCAUCCUGAGAUUCAAGACAGGCUACAGGCUGAGAUCUCGGAGGUGCUCCAGGAAGACGGCAAGUUUACAUCGAAGAACGUGAUGGAAAUGCCCUACAUGGAUAUGGUUUUGAACGAAUCUAUGCGCUUCUACACUGGAGUGGUCGGCUUUGUUACACGGCGUGCAGCAAGCGACUUCGAAUUCAAGGGCACCAAAAUUCCCAAGGGUCUCAGCGUCAUGGUGCCGGUCACUUACCUACAUCACGACCCCGAAGUUUGGCACGAGCCAGAAAAGUUCGAUCCAGAAAGGUUCAACCCAGAAAACAAGUCACAGAUCCACCCGGUCAGCUUCCAGCCUUUUGGGAAAGGCCCCCGGGAAUGCCUCGGAAAAAAUUUUGCCCUCGUCGAGAUGAAACUGAUGCUCUCCAAGUUGCUUACUAAUUUUCGGGUAAUCGUUGAUGAGGAGCAUCACAAGGAACCUAUCAAGCUCAGCUCGUCGUUCCUCACCUCAGUGGUCAACGAUGGCAUCUGGCUCAAGCUUGAAAAAUGCAACGCGAUCCAAGCACAGGUUCAAUGAGUAAAGCCCGCACGGCAGAACUUGAAGCACGCAUCAGCACUUAGCUGCUUUCUCGACAAUGUUUCACCUGUACCUUACCUCACUGUUUGGAGCUUAAAGGUUGCAAUCCACUCUUAGUUCGCUAGCUGUUAGAUCUCUAGCAGGCACAGCAGUACACGUGUUAAUUCUCACGACAUCUCACAUAGCCGGAAUUGAAAUGACUCGUCUCCUCUUCUAGUUUCUCGGUGAUACCGUGGUUCUCGGGGUAGUACAAGAAGUUUCUUGUUUUGCUCGUUUGUCUUUUUCAGUCAAGGUACUUCGUGUUCAUUAGCUGCGAACUAAAAGAAACUCGGCCACUGAGGAGUCGGUUAUCCCGAAAUCUUUAUUAACAAAUUUUUUUUUUCUCUGGGGGCGGAGACCGCCAUUUCGCAGAUUACCCGGCCGGCACAAAUGUCGCUAAUACCUCAGCGACUAAACAGAAUAAAAACAUUCAUGACGAUUCACUUAACAGCAAGAAAUAAUAUCGGGUGGGUGGCAUCUGUUUGGAGGAGUCGACCGACUUAUAGCGCUUAACAUAUCUUCACCUGUUAGCUGACUUAACCUGUAACGCUUAUCCAUCCUGACCUUGAGCGCCCACGAUGUCCUGCGUGGUCUUAUGUUUUUCUCGCAUGCACGUAGAGCGUUUUGAGCUUAGCGCAUACUUUCUUUAUGUUGACUCUUGCAAAUAAUAAACAUAAACUGCCGUUCAUUGUUUGUUUUCUUGCGUUCUUUUUCCGUUCGAACGUUUCACAUUCUAUGCUUGGUUGUUCAUGCAUCGUAAAGAAACUCAGUCACGGCAAAGAAUGUAAUUGCACUCGAUCCUACUACAUGCGACAGCACAGCUGGGGCCUUAUAACGUAAAACUAUUCCAAGGUGUUUUUUAUUCCAAUCUCAUAGCGUCAAAAUUACGUGACCGCCGACUGCAAGGAUCGGGCGGUAACCGCAGCGUUGACUGAACCGUCCAAUCAAACGCUCUUCUCAUAUAUUGAAGGUCACUUUUGUUUGCUUUCAAAGCGAAUAUCAUUGCCUACCUUGACAGGCUUUUGUUUAUCUAAUUGGCUCACAAGAGGUGAGCAGCACGCAGAA